AUGACCAGGGGUGCUGGGACGUGUUGGCAGCAAGAAGAUGACGACGGCUUCCAAAUCUGGCUAGAGCCCCCCCGAGACAACCAGAAGCCGUUCACCGACUCCGAGAGGGCGCAGCGAUGGCGACUGUCCUUGGCAUCCCUGUUGUUCCUCACCAUCCUGCUCUCUGAUCACCUGUGGUUCUGCGCCGAGGCCAAACUGGCCCGCACCCGGGACAAGUUCUCCUCCUCCUCCUCCUCCUCCUCUUCCUCCUCCACCUCCUCCUCCUCCUCUUCCUCCUCCUCCUUCUCCUCCUCCUCCUCCUCCUCCUCCUCCUCCGUGCGCCUCUCCCCCCAGACCCACUCCGCGCACCCCAGCCUCAGAGGAAACCCAGAUGCUAUUUUUAUAGGAAACUCCACCAAACAUUUGUGGCGCCUCGAAACUUGCCACCGGGAUAGUUCGUCUCAGAACUGCUUCGCGAUCGCGGACGCCGACCAUCUGUGCCGGGGCCUUUCCGACCAGGAGGGGACGCGGGCGGCUGUAAAUAUGAGCGAUUUGUACCUUUCCUUUUGUAACUCCUACUCGCUGCUGGACCUGUUCUACGGCUCCACGAGUCCGGACAACCUGAACUGCAGCCUCGACGUGCUCGGCGACGGCGACACGAGCCGCUGCAGCCUGUGCGUGCAGGCGUACCAGCGCUACGACCAGCACGCCCAGGAGAAGUACGAGGACUUUGAGCUCCUGAGUCAGAAGUACGAGCCGGAGGCAUACUCGGUGAGGACGUGCAUGGAGCAGUGCAAGACGGCCUAUAAGCCCUGGCUCUGUGCUCAGUACUUCCCCACCACCCAGCAGUCGUGUAAGAAGAAGGUGCCGUGCCGGCAGUACUGCCUGGAGGUCCAGCAGAGCUGUCCGUUCAUUCUGCCGGACAACGACGACCUGAUCCACGGCGGCAGCCCCAGCUUCAUCUGCACAGGCCUCUUGGGAGAUCAUCCAUCAGACAGCAACGCAGAGUGUUGUGACGUCCGAUGGGAAUCCAAAAUGGACAGCCCUUCUGGGGGGACUUUAAAAAGGACUGCUUCUUCCUGUCAGCCCGAGGGGGCGUCGGUCACCUCCGCCGCCUCGCCGAGACUGUGCAGCGGGCGACUGAAGAUCUGCCUGCUGGCCCUCGUCCUCCUACACACUGUUAUCGUCAUCUCGGCCUCCCAUAAUUCCACGUUGGUGGGCAUGGCUGCCUUUUUCUCGCCAGAGGAGAGCGCUUCUAACGAGGAGUGAACCUUGGGGUCGAAUCGAGGUCGGAGCUCGUAAAGCGCGAUGUCGCUCGAGAGGAUUUUACGGCUUUUACAGUGUCAUGGCUGCCGGGGACACGUCUGGCGAGACGCGUGGGAAAUGCCUCUACGACCUGCCGCAGACGAACCGUCAACCACAGGAAGUGGGAGGGGUUUAACUGGAGCUAAGGGUGCUGGGACUGGACAUAGACAAACCAAGACGUUUGAGAACCACCCUAAAGAACUGACCUCUCGCCACUUGAAACCUGCUCAUUGUUUCUAUUCCAUCCAAAUGUUUUCUAGCAUAUUCUCCCUCCUCUCC